AGAAUUCUCAAUCCUGCGCAGCUCGCUUGCCGGCCUCCUCCUGGCUUUCUCAACGGCAAAAGCUCGCCUCCUUCUGGCUUUUGCGACCACAAACUUGUCUGCUUCUAGAUCGCUGAACCACGUUCGCUCCAGAGAACCCACACCGGCAAACUCAACCAUCUCGCUUGCCGGCCUCCUCCUGGCUUUCUCAACGGCAAAAGCUCGCCUCCUUCUGGCUUUUGCGACCACAAACUUGUCUGCUUCUAGAUCGCUGAACCACGUUCGCUCCAGAGAACCCACACCGGCAAACUCAACCAUCGCCGGCCAGUUCUUCUGAUCCGCGGUUCAUAUUUAUCUCAGAUUGAAAUGAAAAAUUAUGAGGAAGACAAUAAUGAAGAAGGUGAAGCUGCAGUUGAUGGGUAUGAUGUUGUUGUGUCAAAGGAGAAAAGUGGUGGUCCAAUAAUGUGUGGAAGAGGUGUUACCAAGAAAGACCUUGCUAAUACAAAAGAGACCGUGCAUCAGUCGCAUGUCAUGACUUCUAAUGAUAUGGAGACAAUCAUGAGCACUUUGAGAAAGGAGAUUGAAGAGAAAAAUGAGAAAAAGGAUGCUGAGCUAGAACAAAUGCGAAAGGAGCGUGAAGUUGAGAAACAGAAGAUGGAUUUGAUUCUAGCAAAA